AUGAAAGUACCACGGGAGUAUCACAUGGCCGUGCUGCUGCGGCGGGGGAUCUGCGAACCCCUCAGUAUGGCUCGUCAGGGUGAUAACCCUGAAGGUUACCUGGCGGCUUGUCCAACCGCCCGUCCCCGGCUAAAGAACCAAAGAGGCGAUCUGGAGCUGACAGUCAAAGUCAGCGGGGAUUUUGAAGAUCCUGCCUUGCUCCGCUGGGCCUAUGCUAGGACGCAGAACGUCUACCCUACUUUCCGCCCGACGCCCAAGACGUCCUUUCUGGGAGCUCUGUUUGCAGUAGGCCCUAUCCUUUUCUGGAUUGCUGUCUUCAAGGCUGACAGGGAUCGUAAAGAGAAGCUUAUCCAAGAAGGUAAAUACGAGCGACCGUUCAGUGUAUUUUAA